UUCCUUGGCAACAUCGUCUAAAUCAAGAUGGAUGGUGACGACAACCAGAACACUGCUCCGGCAGAAGAAAAGCCGCAAGAUGAAAGCGGACAAGCAGCAGAAGUAGCCCCUCCCUUAGGAGAAUCGCAGCAGGAAGAGACAACAGCAGCUGCCCCAGCUGAACAGUCAGAGGAGGUGGCUCCCCCUAGUGAAGCUCCGACUACUGAUGCCCCAGAUGAACCUAAACAGGACCAAAAGGUCGAAGCUACGACUGAGGACCUUGAAGAUGAUAAUGAAAAUGAAGGUGGUCAGGUGGAAAGCGAAAAAAAAUCAGAUGAACUGCUUGAGGUUGUGGAUGAACAAGAAGAAGAAGACGGUGAAAGUCAAAAUGUGGUUGACAAAGAAGGGCUAGCGCAAGAGGUGUUAGAUGAAGAACCGAAGGCAGGGGAGAUGCAGGAGGAAGAACAGAAAGAGGGAAAGAGUCAAGAAGAACAACAAAAGGUGGGAGAAGAACAGGAAGAAGAACAAAAGGUGGGAGAACAGGAAGAAGAACAAAAGGUGGGAGAAAAACAGGAAGAAGAACAAAAGGUGGGAGAAGAACAGGAAGAAGAACAGAAGGAGGGAGAGAGUCAGGAAGAAGAACAAAAGGGAGAAGAGUUGGAUGAAAAUAAGGCUGAACAAAAUGUCGUUGGUGAGGAGGUUGUGAGUGAUGAGGUGAAGGAAGGUGAGGCAGAACAUGGUGAAGGUCAGGAGGUGGCUCCUGAGGGUGAUACCAGCCAACAAGUUGAAAGCCAGGAGCUAAUUACUGAAGGUGAUGCACAACAAGUUGAAAGUCAUGAGGUGAUUACUGAAGGUGAUGAACAACAAGUUGAAAGCCAGGAGCUAAUUACUGAAGGUGAUGCACAACAAGUUGAAAGUCAUGAGGUGAUUACUGAAGGUGAUGAACAACAAGUUGAAAGCCAGGAGCUAAUUACUGAAGGUGAUGCACAACAAGUUGAAAGUCAGGAGUUGAUUACUGAAGGUGAUACACAACAAAUUGAAAGCCAGGAGUUGAUUACUGAAGGUAAUGCAGAACAAGUUGAAAGUCAGGAGGUGAUUACUGAAGGUGAUGCACAAGUAGAAAGCCAAGAGUUGACACCAGAAGGUGAUGUGCAAAAAGUAGAAAGUCAGGAACUCAAUAUAGAAGUUGAUGCACAACAAAUGGAAAGUCAGGAGGUGACUGCAGAAGGUGAUGCAGAACAAGUUGAGGGCCAGGAGGUCACCUCGGAAGGUGAAACGGCUGGUCAGGAUUUCAGUGAUGAAGUCUCACCACCCAUGACGCAAACCAACCAGCCUGAAGAUGCCGCUGCUCCAGACGCUCAGGAUGGCCAGGGUGAAGAGCAAGGUCAGGCAGAGGUCACUGAAGGUCAGAGUGAAGUGACUGAGGGUCAGGCGGAGGUCGCUGAGGGUCAAGCUGCAGAGGUUACAGAAGGUCAAAGUGAAGUGACAGAAGGUCAGGCAGAGGUUGCAGAAGGUGAGAAGGAAGUGACUGAGGAGGCACAAGUAGCAGAGGCUCAGCCGGCUGAGGAGCAGGCUAGUGCUGAGGAACAGGCUAGUGCAGAGGGAGAGCAACAGGCUGAGGCUGAGCAAAAAGUUCCAGAUGCAGCUGUCGGGGAUGCAGAUUUUGGAGAUGCUGCAUCCGCAGAAGCUCAGAAAGAGUCAGAGGAGGCUCAAGAAAAGGUUGAGGCAGAUGAAGCGGAUGGACAGAAAGAAGAAGGACAAGAAGCAGAGGAAGCACAAAAAGAACAGGCAGAGGAGGAAGGAGAGAAUCAAGAGGCAACUGGUGAGGAGGGGGAGGAUGGGUCAAAGGUCAAGAAGGAGGAAGAGGAAGAGGAACACAAGAUUCCUGUCGAUUUCUACUACAACUUUGAGGAAUUUGCUUCCAAGGCAGUGGUCGCACAGGACUCUGGCUUGCCUCAGGACUUGUUGCAGAUGCAACAUUCUUACGGCUAUGACUGCAAGAAAAGAAACAACCUUCACCUCAUGGAUGAGAGCACGGUCGUGUUUGCUGCGGGAAACCUGGUCCAGAUCCUUGACCUGAAGACACGAAAUCAGAAGUACCUUCGCUCCACCAGCGGCUGUGGUAUCGGGGCCAUCUGUAUCCAUCCAUCGAGAAAAUUCUUUGCCGUGGGUGAGAAGGGCCCUGCUCCAAACAUCAAUAUCUUUGAGUAUCCAUCCUUGAAGCUUUACCGCAUCAUGCGUGGUGGCACCGAGCAAUCCUACACCUCCCUUACAUUCAGCCCUGAUGGAGAGCUCCUGGCCUCCCAGGGCGGUGACCCGGACUUCAUGUUGACCGUGUGGAACUGGCGGCAGGAGCUGACCACUCUGAGGACAAAGUCCUUCUCCCAGGACGUCUACAGAGUGUCGUUUGCUCCAGAGCUUGAGGGACAGUUGACCACCGCUGGCUCUGGACAUAUCAGAUUCUGGAAGAUGGCAGACACCUUCACAGGUCUGAAACUCCAGGGAGAGCUGGGAAGGUUCGGCAGAACUGAAAUCUCAGACAUAGAGGGCUACGUGGAGUUGCCAGAUGGGAAGGUUUUGUCAGGUUGUGAGUGGGGUAAUCUGCUGCUGUGGGACGGAGGCCUGAUCAAGGUGGAGAUAACCCGCAAGGGGAGGAAGUCCUGUCACAAGGGACCCAUCAUGCAGAUUCUUCUCGACGAAGGGGAGUUGAUGACGGUCGGCCAUGAUGGCUGCAUCAGGGUUUGGGACUUUGAGUCUAUCGACACUGCUGACGCCAUGGACGAUUCCGGAAUAUUUGAGAUGGAUCCGAUGAACGAACUGAAGGUAGCCAGUGACGUACAGCUGUACAGCAUUGUCAAGUCUGUGGACGAGGAGAACGAGCCCACCAUAUGGUAUGCCCAGGACGCCAACGGCGGGAUCUGGAAGCUGGAUCUCUCGUUCUCUCACACAUCUCAAGCCCCGGAGAAACUCUUCUCCUACCACGCAGGCUCCAUCUCAGGCUGUGUUGCCUCCCCUGUCAGUCAUGUGGCCGUUACAACAGGCUUGGACAAGACGGUGCGUGUGUUUGACUACAUACAGCAGAAGCAGUUGGCUAAGGUCAAGUACAACAGUGGUGGGACGUGCAUCCAGUGGGUGCCGCAGACAGUGGAUCCAAAGGCCAGCUCAGUAAUUGUUGGGUUCGGAGACGGAGUCGUCCGUGUCUUGACCAUCGGUCAGGCUGAGGAAGACCACACCCGGAAACACGACAAAUACGAGGCGGAGAUAGCCCUGAAACAAGCCUUUAAGCCACACAACGGUGGUGUGACAGCCAUGGCUUUUGACGGAAAGGGCGACAUUCUGGCCACUGGGAGCUCCGAUGGAACCGUCUUCUUCCUGUACGUCAGUGAUGUUUACGACCCCAUCGGGUUUGUCAAAGUUCCCGGACCAGUGAGACAGCUGGUGUGGACCCCGGAGAAAUUUAAAAAACUUGCGCUGAUGGUAGUGUGUGAGGAUGGCCUGCUGGUGGAGCUGGAUGCCCCAGAACCGGGCAACUUCGACACGUCCCACACGUACGAGAUCACAGGCCUGGCCAUGAAGUCUUUCCAGUUUAAGAGCAUCAAGUCUCACUUGCGGCAUGAAGAAGAGUUGGAACGUCAGAGAAUUGAAGAGGAAGCAAGAAAGAAGAAAGAAGAGGAAGAGAGAAAGAAAAGAAUUGAAAGAGGCCUUGAGACUGAGUCAGAGCAAGGAGAUGAAGAAGUUGACCUGAAGCCGAAAACCCCUCAGAAGGAGUGGGUGGCCUACAUCCCGGAGGAUCCAAGCCCUGUCCUGCAUGCCUCGUACAGCACAGAGGAGGGUCGCUUUUGGCUGUCCAUGGGUGAGUUUGACGCCGGCUAUCUGUAUGAGUGUAAGUUCACCUCGCCGGAAGAGGAGGCAACAAUGAUGCCGGACAACAUUGGGAAACCCCUGAGAUCUAUCCCUGUCAUGGAAUCGGCUGAUGUGCCCAUCCAUGUCAUACAAUACAGCAAUUCGGGUCAGCAGGUCAUCCUGGGUAUGGCCAAUGGUCAGAUCCGAGUCCAACAGCUGGAUGAGUUACGGGACCUGAGCAUGAUGGGCCCGCAGUGGACGCUCAGCAUGCAUGACAACAACUACGGUUUUGUGACCUCGGUGGCUCCCAGCUUUGAUGGCACAAUGCUGCUGACGACCGGUGCGGACGGCAACUUCUUCCAGUUCUCCUACAUGUCACAGGAGGAGCUGGAGGAGAAGAUCAAGGAGAACAAGGCUAAGCUGCCUUCUGCCAGGAAACCAGAGGACAGAGACAAGAUUGUGGACGAUAUAGAUGAUCCUAAUGCUUACAGCAUUGAGGAUGCCAAACAAAAGACGGAGCAUGACAAGAGGUUGAAAGAGGCGGAACAGAAGAAGAAAGAAGUUCGCAAACAGAUCAACCAACUGCGCCGACAGUUCCGCACCAUCUUGGAGCAGAAUGAGGGAAUGCCCAAACACUUACAGCUGGGAAGGAUGGAGUUUGAGAUGGACAAGCAGAUCAAGCAGGAGCUGGAACAGCACACGCAGGAGAAGAAAGAUCUGGUGAGACGAGAGCUGGCCUGGGAGUCGGAGCGGCUGCGCAUUUCUCUGGAGAAACUUCGCAAGCGAUUCAAAGAUGUUGUCGAAUGUGAGCGCAUUGUGGUCAAAGCCUUCGGCUCUCAGCAUCAAGUGACCAGUUUCCGCGCAUCAAAACUUUCCGAUGAUUUCUACCAGCUGAAAGCCGAAUUUGAGCGCAAGAAGACUAAACUGCCGACCAAAGAUGACUUCACGAGGGAUCCGACGAGAGAAUUGCUGCCAGGGCAGAAAAAGUCUGCUGAUGGUUCUGGUGCGGCUGAUGACUCCGUAGAGGGCGUGGCUGGGUCAAAGGUCACCACUACUCUGAAGGGCAGCAUGGGAGAAAGGAUCAACAACGCUUUACAGAAGGUGGAGGAAAAGAAAAAGAAACGAGCUGCUCGCAGGGCUCUGUGGGAAGAACUAAACAGCAACAAACCAGAUGACGAUUACGAAGACCCUCAGGAUGUGGCAGCGAUCCGUGAGGCACAAGAAAACAUGGGAGACUACAAGCUGAAGACAGCCCUGGACUAUGUCGUGCCCGACCACCUGAGGAUGAAUGUGGAGAAAGCUCGUGGCCGUCUCCUGGCCAUCAAGGACAUGAUCCACGAAUACAAGUAUGACUUCAACGUCCGCCUGUUGGCUCUGAGAGACAAGAAGAUUCGGGUCAUUGAGGAGAUCCGGGACGUCGUGACCCAGUUACGGGACAUCCAGGAGAAGCUGGACUCCAGCAAACACCGACCCAUCCCACCUGUGCCAGAGAUGCACCCUGAGGAGAUGCCGGAGAGAGUUCUGGAGUACACGCGAGAUACACUGAAACAAUUCAAGAUUGAGUACGAGGUCAAGCAGAAACAGGCGAAGACUGGAGGAGGAGGAGGAGGAGAUGGAGGAGAUGGAGAGGAGGGAGGGUUCGGCUUUGGCUUUGGAGGAGGUGGAGGAGACAGCAGCGCGCCCCCUCCCCCAGAGAAACAGCCCACCGCUGUGUCCCCCCCUCCGGUCAAGCAGCAGUCCACUCUCAGUGCUGUGGACAAAAGCCAGCCGGAAGGAGAGGAAGAAAAAGAAGAAGAUGGGGAGAAGAAAGAAGGAGGAGAAGAAGAGGAAGAAGAUGCCAUGUCUCCUCUUGAGAGAGAAAUUUAUCAGAUACAACAGAUUAGAUUGGCCUAUGAGCAGACGUGUUUGCUCAACCAUAUCCAGGAAGUUGUGAAGAAAUUUGAUGCAGAGCUGCGCUUGAUCCGACAUGACAAAUUCCGCAUGGACAUCGUUAUGAAGGAUGCAGAUCUCAGACAAGUGACCCUAUUUGAGGAGCUGGUUCUGCUCAAGGAGUAUGAGAAGAGUGAGGACACGCUGGCUGAGAAGGUGGCCAACAAACAACAGGAGAAGAUGGACAUGCAGACAAAGAUCUUAGAGUCUCAAGGCAAGAUUGACUCUAAGAAGAAGGACAUUGAGAAGCUGCAGGAGAAAGAGAGAGCCCUGAUGAACACAUUCACUCAGUCACUCGGGGAGAACAACAAGUUUGCCGAUUACCUCACCAAAGUCUUCAAGAAGCGAGUGAAGAGGACGAAGAAGAAGACUACGGAAGGAGAAGGUUCGGAUGAGGACUCUGAUUCUGAGUCGAGCGAUGACUCGGACUGGGAGGAGAGUGAUGAGGAGUCGGAAUCUGAGGCUGGAGGUUACGACCUUGAUGUGUGUCCGCCGGGCUGUGACCAGAAACUGUAUGACGACACGUGCUCCCUGAGAGACAAGAGGCUGGACAUAGAGGAGGCUCUGGCCGACGAGAAGAAGAACCAGGAGGUUCAGAAGAAGGAACUGGAGAGUCUCCAAAAGAAGGCCAAGGUCAUCGAUUCACAGCUUAAGACGGCGCAAAAUGAUUUAGAGGACUUCCAGAGAGUCUCGCCAGAAACACGUCCAACUCAUCAAGGACCGACGUGUGUUUGAGGCCAAGAUCUACAACAUGGAGGAGACCUGCGAGGGCUUGAUGCUGUCUAAGUUUGGCUGCGUAGUCGACCUGGAGAAGAUUGAGACGGUCACUGUGAACCGAGCCAUCGAGGAGCUGAAGGAGAAGCUGAGGAUGACGGAGAUUGAAUGUUCACAGGAGCUCAGAGCCUAUGAUGAGGAGAUAAUGGAGCGCAAGGACCGCAUGACCAACCUGGUGAGAGACAACACGCGGCGGCUCACACAGCUGGCUAUGCUGCUCACUGAACAGAACCAGUACACCACCUCCCUGGACAACCGACAACGCAAAGUGGGGGCAGAGUUCAAAGGUCAGCGGAAGACGGACGUCCGAGAGAAACAGAGAUUGAUCCAACUGGUCCAACUCCAGGCCCAGGAGAUUGAUGCCCUCAAGGAGGAGAUAAUGCUUCUGUCACGCAAGGGAGGUCACAUCCUGCCACCUGCACAGCCGCCCCUUCCACAGAGCCCGUCCAACUUCCCCCAGGGGCAUUGAAUCCAACGCUGAUUUGUUGUAACAUUAUUGUGAACACCUUUGGUGAACCAGCAUUCAUUUGGGGUUUUUUUUAUUUUUCUGUUUUGUCUUAAGCAUAAUUUUUUUUUUAUGUGUGUUUUUUUGUCAUUUCAUAACAGUAGGCUACUGAAACAAAAACGAGCAUGAAACUUUGGCGCUGACAAGAGAUAGAUCAUUCAUAUGAUUUCUGAAAUAAAAUAUUUUUGUCUUGAUUUUCAUUCCUCAUUUAUCAGACCACCAUUAGAGCAUCAAGAAGAGAAUAUUUCCGUUUGAUUCUUUUUAUUCACAAUUUUUGUGCCGAUCAAUGUCAUUUGAAAAUAUAUGGAAAAUGGUUUAUGCCUUUCAAAAUGGCAAUGCACUCUUCACUUUUCUUUAUUUUUCUAUAGUAUUUCUGGGGAUGUAUGCUCAAAGAAAAGAUUUUGUGCUUUAUAUUCUGCAGAUUGUGGUAUUUUAAUCAUGAUAAGAAGUCUCAUGAUAAAACAAAAUAGGCUAUUUAAACUGUCGUUUAAUUGGUAUUGGUACACUGUUGUUGUGAUGCCUCCGAAAACAAACAUUUUUUUUUUAACAGUGAAGACUUCCUACUUAAUCAUCUGCCCGGCAUAAGAACAAGCCGAGUAGGUGGUGAGCCAGUAGAGCUACCCAGACAAGUAGGGCCAGUGGCACUGAGAUCCAGCAUGAUGCCAAAGGAAUUAUCAGGGCACGCACUUUGUUUCCUGUUAAAAAUACAGGUUACUAGCAUGUACUACAAUACGGAGGUUAACUGUAAAGCUCAGUAUAGAAUGGAACUAUAAGUAAAGAGAUAAUAGUAAGGUAGGCCUACAUUGAUACUUGUCUUCUGGGCCUUGUCUGGUUCCUACAAAAAGACUCUUUUGUCUUGCAUUGCAGGCAUGAGGGGGAAACUCUUUUAGGAGUAUAUUAUAUAUAUAGCAGGUAAUGGUAAAAGUUAAAUUCCUCCAUAUAUGGAAGUUACUUGACCUAGUAUACACAUCUGGGGUCUGCUCUCUCUGUGGGGGUCAUUUAAAUCGCAGCGAUGUUAUGGGUGACUGAAAGAAGCUUUUGAAUGGGGAGUUGUAAAUCAGUUUACCGCAGGAAGUUUCAAAGAAAAUGAAACAAUCUUAAUGGCUGACUGGAUAGUGGCAAACCCUCUCCCCUGAAAAAAUAUAAUUUAGUGACCUAUCAUGUCUUAGUCAAGUCUUAGCUAGCGAGUGGUAGGAGAGUGCGACUGGUAGGACCUAUCUCUGUACUUUCCCUUCUGUAGUGUCUGUCUGUUGGUCUUACUUUUUCUUAGCACUGUUGUGACCAUUAUUGCGUUGAAGUGCUUCCCUUUACUCAAAAUCUUGGCUAACAAACGAAUGGUGUACCUUUUUUUCAGCAAGAAAAAAAGUAUUCUGAAAUAUUUAUACAUCCGAACACACAUGACGUGUUGGCAUGUAUUUCUGAAUGUAACGAUUCUCAGAGUCAGUGCUUUGACUUUAAAUAAAACAUGUUUUUGUUUCUUGGUUUUUAGCAUCACCUAAUGAGUCUCGGUAUUAAAUUUAAUUUGUGUCAUUUCCUUUUUCUGACAGUGGCUUGUACUUGUUUAUGUGAAGAUCUUUCUUGUCAACGCGGUUCUAGCAGAUGGUUGAAAUUUAUAUAAAUUAAAUGUACUGGUAUACACAUAUGAUAAUAUAUGAACUGAUAAAAUUAUGAGUAUGCUUUAAUAAAACUGAAGAUAGUUGACAUGUU